UGUGUGGAAACACACCUGUCACACUCUAGCAGGAAAAUUUGACAUUUUAGAAAAUAUGCAAAAGUUGGACGAUAAGAUUCCACUCUUAUAAAGCUACAGCUGACUGCUGAUUAGCUUAGCUUAGUAUAAAGACUGGGACGGGGGGGAACAGUUAGCCCGGCUCGGACCAGAGUUCAAAAAGGUCCAUAACACUUUAUAUCUUGUUUGUUAAAUAUCCAGAUUAUAUGUCCAUAAAACAACAUGUUGUGAUUUUUACACUUUGGCUUCUUUUACAUAUUUUUCUCUUCAGAAAAGUAUUUUCAACUCAAUGGAAAAAACUAUUUUGAUUAUUUGUAUUGAUGUUUAAAGUACUCAACAGUCAAAGUAAAGCCAUGGUGUUAAAAUAUUACGCAGGUAAACAUCAGAGUCACUCAUAUGAAUAGUAUAUGUUUAUAAUACUACAAGUAUCUGACAGUUGAAUAUAAAAAAGUACAAGUCAAAGUAAAUGACACAUAUGUAUUUGUAUGUAUACACUGUAUACUAUGGGUGGGCUGAUGACUUAUUGGUAGUUUUUUUUAUCAUUUAUGUGUGUAGUCUGUACAGUAACUUGUAACUGAAGAGUUCGAAUAAACUGGAAGUAUUAAAACUAAAAUCAAGUAUCUCCAGCUUGUACUUGAGUAAAUGUACUUCGUUACAUUUCAUCAUCUGUUAACCAGCAGCUGUCUGCCUGCAGGGGGCAGCACUGCGCCGCACAACCUGCAGCCUGCCGGGAAUUCAUUCGUAGAAGAAGAAAAACGGCGCAUGCUAGCUGCGUGCUAACAUGCUAGUUCCGCUGCCGUGGCCACGAAAGCAACAGUCGACGGUAAUUAACGGUUCGUUUGAACGUUUCCCGGCCGGGUUUUGUCCGCUCGUAGCGGUGACGAUGCCGUGGAGGUGCUGUGUUCCCGGAUGUAAAGGCUACGACGAGGCCAAGUCGAUGGGGGUCGUGUUUCACGGGUUACCGACCAGGGACCCGCCGCGCUGCAGGACCUGGCUCCGAGCGAUCCAGAACCCCAGACUGCACGAAAACAUCCCGGUGUCCAAGUACAGCGGGGUGCGAGUGUGCAGCCUCCACUUCAGACCCGAAGACUACGAGGAGGACUUCAAGGCGAAGAUACUCAACAUCCCGCCCAAACCGAUGCUGAAGAGCGGCGCGGUGCCGUCGGUGUUCCCCGGGAGACCGCACGGAGAGCCGGGCAGCACCGGGACAUCUCCGCCCGCUCCGAAGAGAAGCAGAACACAGACGGCAGGCGGAGCAGCAGGAAGCUCCUCACAGUCGCCUCCAGCAGCAGCAGCGUCCGAUGAAAGCUUCUGCAUCGUGGUGUCGGUCGACCCGCUGGACGACAGCUUCCACUCUGAACCGGAGUUCACCUCCAUAAUCUCCGAUGAGUCUGAUGAAGACAUGGACAAGGACUGUACGAUUGUUUACAACCAGAACCUGAUGGAGCUGUUCAGGAUGUGUCAGACGUGCGGGCAGCCCAUCGUGGAGAAGGAGGUCCUCCACUCAGGCGCACAGAUGAGGGUGAAGUGGAGCUGUGAUGGAGGACACUCUGGUACCUGGAAGUCUUCACCUCACCUGAGAGACGUGCGUCCAUGAAACUCACCUGCUGCUUCUUUUCACUGGACUGACAUUUAUACAAACGUAUUGAAACACUGAGGUGCAGACGCUGCUGUCACCUGCUCCCAAACGGUCCGGACUGGUGCAGGUCCGUGGUGUCCUUGUUCCAACACUUUGUGGAGACUCGGGUCACUGACGCUGGGGACGGUUGUGAUGCUGUGAAUCCGCUUCAUAAGAGGACUCCUGAGCUGGACUCACAGCUGAUGUGGUCCCAACACACAGCAGCCCGUCAAGAACAACCUUCCUGACAUGAAACACCAGUUCAACACCUGGCACACACUGAGGUGAACCGGUUUCAAAAGAUCCAACAAGUGUGAGGACGGACACAAACCACAUUGUUACCAGUCUGAGCCUCGCUGGUCCAGCAGAACCACGGCACACAGCAGAACCACGGCAGAACCACGGCACAUGGACAGUUUGGACUGCUGUGAAUGUCACAGACUCUUCAACGCAUGUUUGAAGAAUACUUUUCUACUUUAACAAAGUAUUUUUGUAAAACACAUUGUGGUGAAAAACUGAAUGUGUCGUGUUACUGAACCACGAACAGUUCGUCCCGUACGAAACAUCAUGAAUGUUGUUUGUCGACAUCGUCUCUCAGUACUCAACAUGUAAGUGAUCUGAAAAUCAUGAAUCAUAAUUAAAAAGCAUUUGAAGUGAGCAGAAUGGAAACAGCAAAACUCAAAAUCUUCUUCUAAGUUUGUUCACUCGCUUCAGGUGGUUUUUGUCUUGAAUCAGAUUAAAGUGUAAAAUGUUUGACAGAAACAGAUUUGCUGAAUAAACUGAUGUAGUGAACGUUGAGCUCACA